AAUUACUUAUAUAAAUAAAAUCAUACAUUUGAUGACGAUUUUUUAAUUAGUCAUUGCAAUUGCCGUUUGAAAUACAUCUGCAGCACGCGUUUGCUUCGGUGGAAUAGAGGGGAUAUCCCUCGCAGUCAGCUUCCUCUUUUUCAGCUCAAUAAAAAUUGUCUGACGGCGAAAUUAAUAUUAAAUAGCAGAAGUUACAUCAAAAUGGUUGCGCGGUCAUAUGAGAAUAAGAGGAAGUUUUUUUUUAUAUCGGACAAAAAAGACCAGAUUCAUCCAUUUUCAUAAGGAAAAGUAACCUUUCGAAAUUGCAUGCAGAUUAAUGGUCGUGGAGGGUAUUUAAUAAAACAUUUAUUUUUCAAGUUAACUUUGACCUCUCUGUCGAAUUCAAUGACGCUAUAAUUUGAUAUGACACGUCUGCAGAAGGAAACGCCUCUAUGUUUGUUUCACUUUUAAGAAAGCGGAAUUGUUCCAAUUUCCCCCGCGAAAACCUCACAUUUUCAUAAAAGAAGACAGGUGUCGGAUAAAUAAUAAAUAGAGGAACGACAGAUAAACAUGAAAAAUUAGAUCAUCUGCACAUUUCAAUUGCAAAGAAAAACAUGGAAUUGAUGGAAGUCAUAUUAUUGAUGCUUUUCUGCACUUAUUUCUAUGGCCACUGUGCAGCCAAAGCAUCCCCACACAAGUCAGCAUGUACGGUUGAGAACGGCAAAGCAGACUGUAGCCAUAUGAAUCUGGAUGCGGUUCCAACAAAUCUGUCUCGGAACAUCAGUGCUUUGGAUGUGUCCCACAAUAAACUCAAAAAUCUGUCCUCCCUGCAUUUGUACUCUGAUCUGGUGCAUGUAGAUGCCAGCUACAACUCUUUAACUGCCGUAGAAGAAGAUCUUUGUGUUUCUCUGCCACGCCUGCAAAGUCUUCACGUGCAACACAAUGAAGUUCAUUUGUUGAGCGAGAAAGACCUGAAAAGUUGUUCCCAUUUGAUCCGACUUGAUCUCUCUGACAACAGACUGAAGCUAAAGGGGGAGCCCUUCUCAGUUCUGAAGGAUUUGACGUGGUUGGACGUGUCUCGAAACAAGCUGAAAUCGGCUAGACUGGGGACACAACCUCAGCUGCCAAACCUGGUGACCCUUGUUCUUUCAGGAAAUGAGAUUUCCGUACUGCAAAAGCAGGACUUCUCAUUUCUCAGUAAUUCAUUUGGAUUUCGGGUUCUGAUACUUUCGUCUUUGCCACUUAAAAAGGUGGAGAAUGGCUGUUUCCAGACCAUCUCUGGAUUGUCUGACUUAGUGCUGGAUGGUAGCAAGCUCGGCCCCCUGUUUACCACCACACUUUGUCAAGAACUUGCUGGCACAGCCUUGCAAAACCUUUCCCUUCAGAAAACUCUCCUGCCAUCCCUCACAAACAGCACCUUUCGAGGAAUGGACAAGACUAAUAUCACCGUGCUCUACCUCUCCAACAACGCCAUGUCAAAGAUUGCCGACGGCACUUUUCAGUGGUUUCCCCAGCUGAAGUUUUUAUCCUUGGAGCACAACUCGCUUAGACACCUCACCAAAGACACCUUUAGCGGCCUGGGAAACCUAACAGAGCUUAACCUGCAAAGAGCACUGAAUAAGGAACGUCAAUCAUCCUAUCCAAGUAUUGAUGACUUCUCCUUUCAUCAUUUAGUCAAGUUGGAGCAUCUGUGGAUGACAAAUACUGGAUUCAGGGAAAUAACCGAGUUUAUGUUUUCUGGACUUGCUAACCUGAAGACGCUGGAUUUGAGUUGGAGCAGCACAGGGUUGAAGACGGUGUCAAAUAAAACCUUUGCUUCUCUGAAAGACUCUCCACUUCUCCAGUUACUUAAUCUUACAGGCAUGGCUAUCACAAGGCUGGGCCCCAGAUCCUUCGCAAGCCUGGGCAAUCUUGCUACACUCCUGCUUGGCUACAAUUUUAUUAAUCAGCAGUUGAAAGGCGAUGAGUUUGAGGGCCUCUUUAAUGUACAAGACAUUGACUUUUCUUCAAACCACCAAAGUAUUUCUCUAACCAAUACGUCGUUUAUUCAUGUUCCUACUUUGAGGACUCUAUUGCUAGGUCGUGCCCUCAGAGGGACCCUAGAUUUAGAAGCCUCUCCAUUCAGGCCCCUGGUCAACCUCACAGUUUUAGAUCUCAGUAAUAACAACAUUGCAAACAUCAACUGUGGCUUAUUGACGGGGCUUUACCAUCUAAAGGUGCUGAAAAUGCAGCAUAACAACUUGGCGAGGUUGUGGAAGACAGCCAACCCUGGCGGUGCAGUGUUGUUUCUCAAUGACGUUACAAAACUGUCCUAUUUGGAUCUGGACUAUAAUGGCUUAGAUGAGAUUCCACCUAAUGCUUUGCGCGGUUUGUCCGAGCUACGUAUGCUAAGUUUCCGUGGCAAUCUCUUGAAUCAGCUGCGUGCCUCUGUAUUUGACGAUCUGACAUCGUUACAGUAUUUGCAUGUUCAAAAGAACCUCAUAACGUCUGUUAAACGUAUCACAUUUGGUGUGCCGCUGUCCAACCUGACGGAACUUCAGAUGGACCGCAAUCCCUUUGACUGCACAUGUGAGAGUAUCUUAUGGUUCUCCGAGUGGCUCAACUCCACCAACGCUAGCGUUCCGGGAUACCCACAAGGUUACGUCUGCAACACUCCAAACGGAUAUUUCAACCGCUCCGUCAAGGGCUUUGACCCUCUCUCUUGUAAAGAUAUGACACCUUUUAAGGCACUUUAUAUUUUGAGUAGCACAGCUGUGUUGACGCUGUUAGUUACAGCUUUCCUGGUACACUUCCAAGGUUGGAGAAUUCAGUUCUUCUGGAGCAUAAUGGUACACCGUUUACUUGGCCUAAAGGAUGAAAGCAUUACUGAAGAGAGAUACGUGUAUGAUGCGUACAUCGUACACACUGACGAUGACAAGCCGUGGGUGGAACGAAGUUUGCUCCCUCUAGAGAAUGAACGUUUCAAGUUUUUUCUUGAGGACAGAGAUGCCACACCUGGUUUUCCUCAGCUUGACACUAUUGUGGAAAAUAUGGGAAGAGCCAGAAAAAUCAUUUUUGUUAUCACAGAAAUGCUUCUAAAGGAUCCAUGGUGUAGGCAAUUCAAAGCCCAUCAUGCUAUUCACCAGGUAAUGGAGGACAAUCGUGACUCGCUGAUUUUGGUAUUCCUGCAAGAUGUAGCUGAUUACAGUCUGAACCGUUCUCUGCAUCUGCGUCGGGGAAUGUUAAAACCUCGCUGUAUCCUCCACUGGCCUUUACACCAGGAGCGCAUCCAUGCUUUCCAUCAGCAACUUCGUUUAGCAUUAGCUUCGACCAACGUGGUCAACUAAACAUUGUCAGUCUGGUAGUAAGCAAAAGCUAUAUACUUUGUGAUAUGAACUCAUUUUGUAUUUGAGAAGCAUUGUCAAAAUGUUAAUGCAUUUAUCAUUUGCGACCCUGUCUUUGAAAUCCAGGCUAAAGUCUCAUAAUCUAAUACAUUUUAUUUCCAUCUUUGACAUGGCAUACUCAGUCAGUAUUAAAGAUAUCAAGGUUACAUUUUCACAGUGUUUUAUAAACAGUACACAAUUAAGGAUGAUUUAAUAUAGAAAACAGUACAAAAAAAAUAAUUUGCAAAAACAGAUACAUUUUUUAUUGUUCAUUCAAAGUAAUAUCAAAUAUCAAUCAAAUUGCAUUUGGGUUGUUUUGAUUAAGUAAUAAUUACACAAAAAUGACUUAUCUGACUUAUCUGUUUAUUGCAAAUAACCCUUCAAAUGACUUUGGCUGGAUUUUCACAUUUGAGAAAACUUUGCCAUUUACAAUUAAACAGAUUAACAGCUUCACAUUGAUUGCACAAAUAUGUACUGUAUGUAAAGUAAUCGGUUCCCUUUUUUGUGUUUCUUUAAUGGUCUGAUGAGGAAGAAUGUUAUUUUCUCACAUGGCAACCAGACUGUGUCGCUUAUUGUUUUUGAUGUCCACAUGGCUUGUUUGGAUAUUGAUCCACUUAAUCUGACCUGAUGUUUUUCCAAUGAAAUAGCUUUACAUAGAAGUCUUGUUACAUUAUUUAUUCUAAUGGCUUAAGAAUAUAAUACAACCUCCCCUGGACCUGUAGAAAAUAUGGUGGUGCAAACAGGAUUUUGUAAAAUGUUUGAUAUUAUAAUAUUAGAAAUUCAAAAGUGAAAAUACUCAUUUACUCACAAUCAUAUCUUUCUAAACCUGUAUAAUUUUCCUUCUGCGGAACACAAAUAAAUAUUUUAAAGAAUA